AUAAGAACAGAUGUUUCCAGAGGAUUUGGCUUUUGUUUGAUAUCAAUAACAGCAAACAACUAGAGAAUGAUUAGCUGUUGUGAAUAAUACUCUGUUUGGAUUAAUCGUGCUGGUUCCAAAAGGUAACAGAAAUGACGUUGAUACAUGACUUUUAUUCUAUUUUUAAGUCUGGUACAUGACUACAUAAGAGAGGAAAAUAUCGAGAAAAAAGGAGGACCAGUGAGAUCUUCCAAGUUCCAAGGAGUCUCAAUCUUUGGUUAACAAUCACAAACCAGAAACUUCAUUUCGAGAGAAAGAUGGUUUACGGUGGUGCUUUGUCACGUUUUUCUUUCGGCUUAGCCACCUUCCUCCUCUUCACAUUCGUUCUCGGCAAGGAAAAAUGCAGCAAAACCUGCAUUGCAAAGAACUGCAACAUUGUCGGCGUUCGCUACGGAAAGUACUGUGGGAUAGGAUACUUUGGAUGCCCUGGAGAGAAACCUUGUGAUGGUCUUGAUGCUUGUUGCAUGAUCCAUGACAAUUGUGUUGAUUUAAAAGGUAUGACUUACGUUAACUGCCAUAAGCAAUUCCAGCAUUGCGUUAACAGACUGAGCAGAGCAAUAAAACAAUCUAAUGGCACAAAGGUUGGCUUUUCAACCAAAUGUCCUUACUCAAAGGUGAUACCAACCGUGUACAAUGGCAUGAAUUAUGGAAUUUUCUUCAGUAAGAUAGGUAACAUUUUUAAACCUAAAGUGCCAGGAAAGGCCCCCAGGGUGGAGGUUAAUCUUGCUCGGAGUAAAGCGGACACAAAGGAUGGCCUUGGAACAAAAGUUGCCAUUCAGAGAAAAGAAGGGUCUAAAGUUACUGCCUCUUUAAACCAAAGAUGAGCUCUUCUACUUAUCGAUCAUCUUAUACAAUGACUCAUAAAUCAACUCUCAAUUUUGUAAACUCGUUUACAUGAGACAAUUAUAAAAUAAAAAGGCUGAAGUUUUAAAGUCAAAAUCAGUUAACAAUUAAUGGAUUGACAUAUGUAUGUUAUCUAUCUUAUUUUAGAUGCAUGUGGAAUGGCUAACAAAUUCAUAUAACUAUACAGAAAAUGAAAUGUACCUAUGAUAAGAGUAUUCCAGUAUUAAUGUUUUAUUUGUUAAAGACAAUCUGUUUUAAAUUAUGCUGUAUGUGAUAUAUAGUUUUGAUUUAUGUGCUUUCUGAGUGUACUUUUUCAUACUUCUCAUGUGUUACUUUGAAUUUCUUAUGUAGUCUUGUGAUUGAUCUUAUGGUUAUAAAUUGCAUUGGUCUUCUAGAUUAUCAUCAUUUGAAGUUGAAGUCACAUAUGUCUAAAACGUGAAUGGCACGUUGGUGAUGAGCCCUAGUCAAACACUCCUCUCGUUUACUAUUUUUAGAACAUUCAGCAUUUCAGUCUAUAAAUUAUAUACGUAUAAAAUUUUAAAAUUAUUAAAAACAAAUCUUUAUUCAUCCACUAGAACUUAAAACUUAUUUUAUAAUCGUAUCAUAACUAUUCAACUAAAGUGUCAUGAUCCUCCAUCAUUGUGUCCGAAUGGUCCUGUGUUGUCUUCAUAUACAAGUCACCGCUAAGCGGAAAAAACAACCUGGAAAAUGGGAAAGAAAAAUCUACAAGUUGUAUUGGUGAUAAUAAAGUAAGGACUUAAGGAGUAGACUUUGUAGAUGUUGGUGUUGCUGUUAUCUUAAUCGCAACCUCGCACGUUGUCUGUUUAUUUUCAUUGAUGAUGAUACGUUGAAGAUUUUGAGGAAAC